AUGAAACCAGGGACGGAGCUUAAGCAGAAAAUAUCUCAACUUGAAAAUGAGAAAGCAGACAACGGAAGAGUAAACACGGUCAAAAUGACAUUAAAUUUGGUACAAUCAAGUACUGAUGACUUGAGAAACAGGACAGAGUUAGUCCAGACCAAGAUUACUGGGGAACAAGACUUUUCAAGCUUCGGAAGCAGACUUGAUAACAUUGAAACGAAUGUUUCCACUGUCAUGGAAACCAUGAAAAAGAAAGUCAGCUUUUCAGCGCAACUCAGGAUACAAAACUCCAACUACACGCAACUUUCGAAAAACAAAACCAUUCGAUUCAACCACGUGUUCUAUAAUGAUGGUGGUGGUUUUAACGCAACUUCCGGCGAGUUCACUGUGCCACAAUCCGGUGUGUACAUAUUUAUCUUCUUUGUCGAGAGCUACCAACCUACCGAUGACAAAACUUGCCUAGGGACAUUUGUAAAGUUAUACGUUGAUGGAGUUUACGCAGAAAUGUCAGCCAUAGCAGAUCCCAACUAUGAACAGCACAUACAGGCCGGUAACUCGUACAUAAACUACUUCGACAAAGGUCAACGAGUACUGAUACAAACAGCAGAUCUAGAGAAAUGCCAGACGUCCUACAUCGGCGGUACUAGCACAACGUUUUCUGGUUUACUAUUAUACUGAUUUUGUGUACAUUGGUUAACAGUCCUAUCAUCUGCUCAUACUUACUGGGUUUUUUUCUCAACUCGUUUGAUUCAAAGUAUACUAAAAAACUUUCCCGUCAUGAGAGAAUAUAUAUUAUAUAAGUGUUUUUUUUUUCAGCACACAUUUAAAGUCCCCUACAAUACAUUGAUACAUUAAUUAGAAUGCAUUUUGAAAACAUGUUGAAACAAACUGAAACUAGCUGUAAUUUAGUUAAUCGGAUGAAGUGAGCAUUUGAUCUACAUGUAUUUUGAUAUACUCAAGACUUCCUGGACCUUCCUCAGUACUGUACAAGUAUUCCUUUUGGUAUUUGUUUAGUCUAGGACACAUGUUUUAGAAUACUUAACCCAUAUACGAGUAAUUCGGCAAGCAAAAUGAAAAACAUAAUGUUAUCAUUCUAGACCUAGGCCAGACUGCAUAUCUUUGCCGUCUGACCAGGCUCUAUACUAGCUGUUGGCUUUAUAACUUUUCGGAAUGUUUGAAAAUUUUGUACAAAUUAGAAAAAAAAGAUGCAUUCAAAAUUUACAUCAUUUUUUGUGAGAAAAGUAGCAUGACUUCCAUAAACUAAUUUAACCUUGUCACAUUAUCAAUAAAUAUUACAGGAGUAUAAACUUGAAUAUAUUAAAAUGUUUACAACUAGAGUAAAACAUUUCAAUAAAGACCCACCAUAUUCUGUAUAUGAAUAUUUUUCAAAUAUAAACCAUUCUUUGAUAAACAUUGCCUGCUUAUUGGUUUGCAUCUUUAAUUAUUCUUCAGAAUAUAGAUUCGAUAAUUGAUAGUGGUGGACUUUUUAUGGAAUUGAGUUUUGUGAAUUUGCAUUAUCUAAAAAAUGGUG